CGAAUCUUAAAAUUUAUGUGACGACAGAUCCGACCUCUGAAUUCGCACUCGUAUCUAAGCAACAUAGGCACUUUUUAUUGAGAAGUCAUUGGUUACUUGUCUUGUUUAUAAGAUGCUGGACCAUGAUCAUUCUCCACAAGAUUUGGUAAAUCAAAGGAUGGUGCAAAAUCACAAAGGAAUAGAGAGCAUGAUAAAGGGUGAAUCUUUUAUGAGGGAUGAAAGUGAUCAAAGGGACACUUACAAGAUUGCAUACAUUAUCCAUUUCUUGCUUGGUGCAGGCAAUUUGCUUCCUUGGAAUGCCUUGAUCACUGCUGUUGAUUAUUUUGGCUAUCUUUAUCCAACCAAACAUGUUGAAAAAGUUUUCUCUGUUGCCUACAUGACUUCCUCUCUCUUGAUUCUUGUUUUGAUGUUGAGUUGGAGCAAAUGGAACCAAACAACGAGCCUUAGAUUGAGAUUGAAUCUUGGUUUUUCCAUGUUUGUUCUUUCUUUAAUGCUAACCCCAAUUGUAGGCUGGGCUAAUUGGGACCAAAAUGGGACAAAGGUGAAAUCAAAUGCAGCCUAUUAUGUUGUGGUUGCAUCAGUUGUUAUUUGUGGUUUGGCUGAUGGUUUAAUAGGAGGAAGCUUGAUAGGUUCUGCUGGUAAGCUGCCAAAACAAUACAUGCAAGCAAUUUUUGCUGGAACCGCUUCUUCAGGUGUUUUACUUUCCAUAUUAAGGAUUAUAACCAAGGUGUCACUUCCACAUACUCCACAGGGUCUCAAAACAAGUGCUCAUUUCUACUUCAUAAUUAGCACAGCAGUUUUAAUAGUGUGCAUUAUCUGCUGCAACUUGUUAUACAGGCUGCCAGUGAUGCAGCAACAUUACACACUUGUUCAAGAUUUCCUACCAUGCUCAAGGCAUAAACUCCAGGAUGUGGCAAGAACUAUAAAGUAUCCAGCAUUUGGGAUUUUCGCGAUUUAUACUGUUACAUUGUCCAUUUUUCCAGGGUUCUUGGCAGAAAAUCUUGAAUCAAAGAUUCUCAAAGAUUGGUAUCCCAUUUUGCUGAUCACUGUUUACAACGUGUCGGAUUUCGUUGGGAAAUCUUUCACUGCAGUGUAUGUUUUGAAGAGCACUGGAAAGGCUACAUGGGGUUGUGUUGCUAGGCUAUUGUUCUAUCCAUUGUUUGCUGCUUGUCUACAUGGUCCUAAGUGGCUAAAAAGUGAGGUCCCAAUUGUUUUUCUAACGACGCUACUCGGGUUGACCAAUGGGUACUUGACAAGUGUCAUCAUGAUUCUUGCUCCUAAAUCAGUGCCAAGUUCUGAAGCAGAAAUAGCUGCCAUUGUGUUGGCUGUUUCCUUAGGGAUGGGAUUAGUGGCUGGUUCUGUUGUUGGUUGGUUUUGGAUUAUUUGAACUACUAUUAAUUAGCCAUUUAGGCAGGAAGUUUAUUUGUAGGAAUUAGUAUAACGUUAAGUUAGAAUUCAUAAAUCUUGUGUUCUGAUCAAAGUACUUAUUCUAUUAUGGAAAAAAAAUGUUACAAAAUGAA